AUGAGUGGUUUAAUACUUGACAACGUGGUCGAAGAUAUCCAAAACAUUACUACCACAACAUCACCAUCUAGUGGUAACGUUGUUUUAAAUGCUUUAAACUAUUUAUCAACCAUAUCAUAUUGGAAAAUUUUUUUCACUUUUAUCUUUGUUGGAUUGGUUUGGGACCAAGUUUCUUACCAAAUCAAAAAAGGUUCGAUUGCCGGCCCAAAUUUCAAAGUUUGGCCUAUUAUUGGUCCAUUUCUAGAAAGUUUGGAUCCUAAAUUUGAGGAAUAUAAAGCCAAGUGGGAUAGCGGUCCAUUAUCCUGUGUUUCUAUUUUCCACAAAUUUGUUGUCAUUGCAAGCACUAGAGAAUUGGCCAGAAAAAUUUUGCAAUCUCCCAAAUUUGUUAAGCCAUGUGUUGUUGAUGUUGCUAUCAAGAUUUUAAGACCUUCCAACUGGGUAUUUUUAGACGGUAAGGAACAUACUGAUUAUAGAAAAUCGUUGAAUGGUCUAUUCACCCAACAAGCUCUAUCCCAAUACUUACCAUCUCAAGAGCUUGUUAUGGAUGAAUAUAUCAAAAAAUUUAUUGAAUUUAGCAAGUCUAAUGAUUAUAAACCUCAGGUUUACUUUCACGAAAUGAGAGAAAUUAUGUGUGCUUUAUCCUUGAAGGCAUUUUGCGGUGAUUAUAUCACUAAAGAUCAAAUUAGAAAAGUUGCUGAUGACUACUACUUAGUUACAGCCGCAUUGGAACUAGUUAACUUCCCAAUUAUUCUACCAUACACCAAGACUUGGUAUGGUAAGAAAGUUGCUGAUAUGACCAUGAAAAUUUUUGAAGGUUGUGCUCAAAUGGCUAAAGAUCACGCUGCCAAAAAUGGGAAACCAGUCUGUGUUUUGGAUGCUUGGGCCAAAUUGAUUCAUGAUGCCAAAACCAGUGAUGAUCCAGAUGCUAAGUUUUUGCAUAGAGAGUUUUCUAAUAGGGAAAUGAGUGAGGCUGUCUUUACCUUUCUAUUCGCUUCCCAAGAUGCUUCCUCGUCUUUGGCUUGUUGGUUAUUCCAGAUCUUAGCUGAUCGUCCAGAUGUUUUGCAAAAAGUUAGAGAGGAACAAUUAGAAGUUAGAAAUGGCAAUCCAAAAGAGCGCUUAACUCUACCAUUAAUUGAUAAAAUGAAAUAUACUAACAUGGUCAUUAAAGAAACUUUACGUUAUAGACCACCUGUUUUGAUGGUUCCAUAUGUCGUAAAAAAGAACUUUCCUGUCGCUGAUAACUAUACUGCCCCUAAAGGCGCAAUGUUGAUUCCAACUCUAUACCCUGCUUUACACGAUCCUGAGGUUUAUGAAAACCCAGAUGACUUUAUUCCAGAGAGAUGGGUCGAAGGUUCUAAAGCUAAUGAAGCUAAAAGGAACUGGUUAGUUUUCGGUUCAGGCCCACACGUUUGUUUAGGUCAAAAAUAUGUUAUGAUGACUUUUGCCGGUUUAAUUGGUAAAUUUGCUUUGGAAUCCAAUUGGGAACAUGAAAUUACUCCACUAAGUGAAACCAUUAAAGUUUUUGCUACUAUUUUCCCCAAAGAUGACUUGUUGUUAACUUUUAAAAAGAGAGACCCAUUAACCGGUCAAAUUUCUGAAUGA